AUGCAACUUGGAGGGCUAGACGAUCUGGAACACGUGUUAAUCAACGAUACAGUAAAACAGCGUGUUGUUGGCCGAGGCUCCUGUUCUGCACUUAUCAAAGUUUUGCCAAACAACAAAGAUUUGUUCAUUUCUCAAGUAACAUGGAAUUCCUACUCAUCGAUGUUACGUAUUUAUAAACUUUACGAACUACAGCUGGUUAACAACAGCAAUCCAGGUCAGCGAAUGUUCCUUAUAGAGCAGUUUCACAAAGCACUAUCGUGCAGCAGAUGACCAACCUGCAGUUAUCAAAGUGAGAAAAUAAUCUUCAUUAUUUUCAUCACAAGCAGUCUGCGUAGUACUCAUGGAAAAACGCACAAGUUGUAACAAACCUGCAGCAGACUUGUAACAAUGCUGUUCCAACAACUUGUCAACAGGAUGUGUUCGUACUGCUUGUUCCCAGCUUGUUGACAACUUGCUACAAGGUUGUUGAACUCAACAGACUUGUUGCAAGUUGUUCCAACGACUUGUUAUCGUCCUGCAAUUCAACAAUUUGUCAACAAGUUGUGAGUGACAACCUUGUAGCUACUUGAUAAAAUAACAACAUUGUUACAACUUGUUGACAAGCUUGCUACAAGGCUGUUGAACUCAACAGACUUGUUGCAAGUUGUUCCAACAACUUGUUAUCGUCCUGCAAUUCAACAAUUUGUCAACAAGUUGUGAGUGACAACCUUGUAGCAACUUGAUAAAAUAACAGCAUUGUUACAACUUGUUGACAAGCUUGCUACAAGCCUGUUGCGAACACAUCUUGUUGACAAGUUGUGAGAUUUUUACGUGUAUAUUUGAAGGCAAAUAAAUAUAAUUGAGUGAUAUGGUUUAAUUAGCUUGCUCCUUCGUUCCUAGAAUCCUUGUCAGUGGAUAGUUCCUCUUAUGUUUUAUUUAAAACUAAGAUAUGUUUUCUUUACAGCUCUUCACAUUUUUGCGCAAAAUCACAGUUUUUCCUCCUAUCCUGGGGAACUGUAUAGUGGUGAUGAUUUUUAUAUGCUCAGCAGUGGAUUGGUAAUGUAUUUCCCUCAAGGCACUCAAUUUCUAUCAUCUAAAAUAGUUUUAAAGCCAUUUCACUUUUAGGCAAACGCGGAAAUAUUGAUGCAGUCAUGCAGAAACAUUGUGUCCUAGUCAUGUUUCCCAAAGGUGGACAAACCAAGAAACAUUGUUUCCUAGGCAUAUUCCCUAAAGGUGAACAAACCAGGAAACAUUGUUUCCUAGCCAUGUGUUUCCCAAAGGUGGACAAACCAAGAAACAUUGUUUCCUAGCCAAGUUUCCCAAAGGUGGACAAACCAGGAAACAUUGUUUCCUAAACCACGAAACAUUCGCUACUUUGUCUUCUCCAGGUCACCCAGGAGACGACGAACGACAACUACAACAAUGACUUAUGGCAAUAUAUAAACGCAAAUUCUGUGAUGGAGUGGGCAAGAACUGUCGUAGCUAACAGAAUUGCACAAGAUGGUCGGCAGUGGGUUUCAUUGUUUUCAAAACUCAACAGUGGAACGUAAGUUGGCAAUAUAGUUUUGAUAAUUUUGUUGGCUCAGACAAUGAUUAUAACUGAUUCUCAUUUUCUUUUCUUUUCUUUGUGAUGUAUGAAGAUACAAUAAUCAAGUAAGUACAAAUUGUCAGCUCAUUUUGUAUGUUGUUGUUUCAUCACGAGUCCGCUAUCAAUCAUGAGAUUUUUUCAGUUGAAAAUUCUGCAAUGUCAGAAUUGACAACAGAAUCUUAUCCAGACCGUGACUCCAGGGUGUGAAACAAUCCAUAAAGCCUCGGCCAAAUGAUGACGAGAGUUCAACUCUCGCUGGUGUUUCACCGCCAACUUUCAUUUCUUCGCAGUGGAUGGUACUCGACUACAAAAGGUUUACACCAGGACAACCUGUUGUCCCUGAAACACUGUGGGUGUUGGAACAACUGCCAGGAAUGGUACAAAUGGCUGAUCUUUCUUUAUACCUGAAGCAAAAUGGCUACUGGGCAAGCUAUAAUAUACCGUAUGUUACUUGUUUUUGUGGGUUUUUUUUCGCUAUCUUUAUUGUUUAUAUAAACACUUGCAAAUUCAAAAGUGUCAAAAUGUACUCAAGCGUCGUUCUGAGGUCGUACUUCACAGUGUACAUUCUUAUUCUUGUUCUGAAAUUUUCUGUGUAGUUUCUUCGAGGCAAUCUCCACUGUGAGUGAUCAAGAUAGCAUGGUGAAGAAAUAUGGUUCAUGGUUUGACUACAACCUCGCUCCUCGAGCACAGAUAUUUAAACGUGAUCAAAGCAAGGUCGUUGAUCUGGACAGUAUGAUGAAAUUAAUGAGGUAUAUGUUUUUCUUAGCCUUAUGGAACCGUGGAUGAACAUGUCAAUGCUGUCACUGUGGUUCCAUUCCUGUACUUGUCUAUAAGAAUAAUAUCGCCUCGAUCAAACGUGAGAAAGUGAUUCCAUACAGGUCGUCCUGUUUCCUCCAGUAGUAACAAUGGGUCACUGAACGAUUGCCACUAUACUGGACUUCCAAGAACAGUUUAGAACUCAUAGAGGUUUCCAGUAUAAAGUUAGGUUAGCUUAGGUUUCCUGCUGCAGUAACACUGGACAAAUAUUUACUGGACCUCUAGGGAAAAUAAUUUAUAACUGAUGAGCUAUACGGUAUAAAUAAAUAAAGUUAUUUUAAUUUAGGUUUGGUUUCUUCCUGUAGUAACACUUGACAAACAUGAGAUGACCUUACUGAACCUCUAGGAAGAACAGUUUAGAACUGAUGGAACUAUCCAGUAUAAAUAAAGUUAGGUUAGGUUUCCUCCUGUAGUAACACUGGAUCAAUAAGAGAUGAUCCUUACUGGACCCCUUAGGGAGAACAGUUUAGAACUGAUAGAGCUAUCUAGUAUAAAUAAAGUUAGUUUAGUUUAGGUUUCCUCCUGUAGUAACACUGGAUCAAUAAGAGAUGAUUCUUACUGGACCUCUAGGGAGAACAGUUUAGAACUGAUAGAGUUACCCAGUAUAAAUAAAGUUAGUUUAGUUUAGGUUUCCUCCUGUAGUAACACUGGAUCAAUAAGAGAUGAUUCUUACUGGACCUCUAGGGAGAACAGUUUAGAACUGAUAAAGCUAUCUAGUAUAAAUUAAGUUAGUUUAGUUUAGGUUUCCUCCUGUACAAAGUUUAGUUUAGUUUAGGUUUCCUCUUGUGGUAACGCUGGCCCUGCUAUAGUUUCGUACCUAAUCAUUUGUCAAAAUCCUGCUUUAUUUCUGCAGGUACAAUGACUAUACCCAUGACCCGUUAGCAAAAUGCAACUGUACUCCACCAUACAGCGCGGAGAAUGCUAUCUCAGCCAGGUGUGAUCUAAACCCCGCUUCUGGCAAGUACCCAUUUGGUGCCCUGGGUCACAGACAACAUGGCGGGACAGAUGCAAAGGUACGUUAUAUAGAGAAGUAGGGAGGGAGGCAUCGAGGGGGCGGGGCACUGAAGGAGUGAUGAGGACACUGAAUGAGGGGGUACGUCAUGAUCAUAUAGAGAAAUAGAGAGGGAGGCAUUGAAGGAGUGGUGAGCAGCCAUUUCAUCACUACAUUAUAUAGCAUAGCCCUUGACACUUCAUUUUUUCCGGAUAUACCUAACAGUUCCAAACUGUUCUCUUGAGGGGCCGAGCAAGAGCCAAACGAAAAUUAGCUUUAUUUACGUUGGACAACUCUAGAGCUUGAGUAAGAGACAGUGGUUUUUAGCACCUAAGACAACUAGCAGCGUACUAGGAUUAUUUGCCCAGUCAAAAGCCCUAAAAGGAAGUUACCCAUCACUCACGAGUCAUGAUUCAGAAUAAGUGAAGAAAAUUAAAUCGUUAAACCCAUAGAUAUCUUAUAUACACUAGAUAGCGCAUCUCUUUUAGUAAAAUUGAAGCCAGGAAUAUUCCAGCGGUUACCCCCAUUUGAAUAGAUGGCGGCCAUGUUGAACAACAAAAACUUUCAUUUUUUGAAUAGUUUAAAAACGUAUUUGUUUAAUGUUUAAGUUCCUGGUUUAAGAAAUAGAAAACAUACGAAUCUUCUCAUUUCAUGGAAACGACCUGAGACUGCAAUCACGGCUUCAAUUUUUGAAUUGCAGAAUAAUUAGAUGCACUAUCUAAUGUAUAUAAGAUAUCUAUGGUUAAACCCCAGUCAAACAAGGAUGAAAGUUGAUGAGAGUUGUCAGUCGCUCCGAAGGGUCAUUUCAAGCUCUAGAUUAAGGUUUCUUUUAGUUGGCUAUGAGCGAAGGCGAGGAGCAGCUCUGCUCGUGUUCCAAGAUCCUCCAUGUAAAGUGUAGUGAAAUAUAUCUCAAUACUAAUCGUAAUCACAUCCAACAGAAGCCUCUGCGGAGGAGAGAGGUGUUGGAAAUGUAUUAAGAUUCUGGCUUUAUUUAGAGCGAAAAUGGUAUUAGAUUCAGGGAAAGACGAUAGCCUUUCUUAUUCUUCAGGUGACAAGUUAUGAACUGUCUCAAAGUUUCAAAGUCUACGCAGUCAGUGGUCCAACUCACGACCAACAACCAGUCUUCAACUGGACCAUGUCGGGCUGGAAACGUCCUCUGGGACAUCCUGAUCAAUUUAACUUUGAACCCGUGAUGAUAUCAUGGAGUGAGACCAAGACAUCUGAAGAAGACCUGGAUAACUACAUAGACCUAGACGCCUGA